AUCAGAGACCAACAACUGAGACACCAACACCUCAUCCUCACUGUGUGCAGCCCUCACUACCAGGCAUCACCAUGGCAAUGCUGAACGCCUCAAUCAAAUAUAAGAAAACCAUCUCAAAAAGUAUUCUGAUCCGUGAAGGACCUCCUACUGUCUACCAGCUGAGACCAGAGAAAGAGAAUAUUGGAACUCUGACAAGAAUGACUCUUGGUGAAAAGAAUCCAGAGAAGAUAAACAAAACCAUCUUGCUUGUUGGUGAAACAGGAACUGGAAAAUCUACUCUGAUCAACGCUCUGGUCAACCACUUCAUGAGAGUGGAGUGGAAGGACAAUGUCUGGUUUCAGAUCGUAGAGGACGAGAAGAAAAAACAAUCAGAGAGUCAGACAUCAGAUGUGACCGUGUACGAGAUCUUUUUGUUUGAAGAUGAAACUCUGCCCUUCUCUCUGACCAUCAUCGAUACUCCUGGAUAUGGAGACACAGGAGGGACUGAAAAAGAUUUCAUGGUCAGUCAAAGAUUGUUGGACUUGUUCCGCUCAGAUGAUGGAGUUCAUGAGAUCAACGCAGUCUGUCUGGUGCUGAAAGCAGCCGAGAAUCGAGUGAGUGACCGACUGAGGUACAUCUUAGAUUCAGUGAUGUCUCUGUUUGGAAAGAACAUGGAGAAGAACAUUGUCGCCCUCAUCACACACUCAGACGGUGGGCCACCUGAAAAUGCUCUACAAGCCCUCGAUGCUGCAAAGAUCAAAUGUGCCAGAAAUGAAGACAACGAGCCUUUUCAUUUUCUGUUCAAUAACCGCCAGAGCAAUGAGAGAACACCCAAAUAUAAGGUUUCUUUAAAAGGUGCAUGGGACUUAUCAAUGGACCAAAUGGAUGAAUUUGCUGAUUUCCUGAAAAAAGCUUCACCUCAGAACCUGAUGACAACAGUGGAAGUGUUGAAGGCACAAACUAGAAUCACUGCCUGCAUCCAAAACCUGAAAGAGAGAAUCGAGUUGACUGAACUGAAACAGAGAGAAAUCCAUCAGACUCAGGAAGCUCUGAAGAAACAUGAAGAAAAGAUGAAGAACAAUGAGGAGUUCACUGUAGAGGUUGAUGAGCCCUACAAAGAUAAAGAAGAGGUCAGUGAGUGGAGAUGGUGGGCGUUAGGGAUGAAUUAUGGAGGAUCUGUCACCUGUAAUGUCUGCGAGGAGAACUGUCACUAUCCAUGUACACUGGCCUGGUAUCCAAAACACUGUGAGGUCAUGGAAGGAGGACGCUGCACUUCAUGUACCAAGAAGUGUCCUGUAUCAGAUCACGUGAAAGAAAAGAAGAUCUAUGUUAACAAGACGAGGAGAGUUCCAAAGACCGAAGAAGGAAUGAAAGAGAAGUAUGAGAAGAGUAAAGCAGAAGGUGACAAGUCAACAAGCCUUCUGGAGAAUCUAAAAAAAGAAAUGGAAGAUCUUCAGAGAGGAAAAGAUGAGCUGUUGGAGGAGUCCUUUCAGCAUGUCCUCAAACUGGAGCAGAUCGCCCUGAAUGUUAACUCACUGUCCACUCAUGUCCACCUGGACUUCCUGCUGGAGAAGAUGAAGGAGAGAGGAGACACAAAGAAGGUCCAGAAACUGGAGGAGAUGAAACAUCGAAUGGAAGAAGAUAAAGGAAUCAAAGCAGCGCUGCAAUACAUGCGUGGUAGACUAGCAGCUGGUAAAGCAGCUGUAGGAUGGAAGUAGGUCAGAAUGAUUGAGAGCAGACAGCUGAGUAGAAACAACGUCCACACUGUUGGUAAGAUAUAUUUCAUUCUAGUUCUAUAAGUGUGAUGGUGAUUUAAUAUCUGAGACAAUUCAAAUGUAAUCAGCUUUUACAUGACAGAUGUGUCAUUUGUGUAAACAUCCCCCUCUGUGGUUUGUAACCACUGUUCUUGUAGUUUGAUUAUCAACAGUUACUUCACCAUCACAAACUGAAGUCAAAGUACAGGAAUACAUUUACUUUUCUUUACUUUCUUUAUUUGAUGUCUUUAAGGUUUUUCUAAUGUGAUUUUCAGUCAAUACAAGGCUGUGAUUUAUUCUGAUGUUGACAGAAGUAAACUGGUGGUGGGACAGUAACAAUGAAAUAUAUAAUAUAACCAUAAAUCUUCUUCUCUGAAUCACUUUGUACAGAGGAUGUUACAGAACUGAAUAUUCAGCUUUCAACCUUCAGACAUGAAUUCUAAUGUUCUUUUAUUUGAUUCAUGAUCAAUAUGUAUGAUCAUAUAUUAUAAACCCUGGUGUCUUCAUGCUUAUAAAGAUGAGUUAGAAUAGUUCAGAUGACACAUGUGGAGACUUGUUGAUCCAUUUAUGUAUUUUAGUGAUUCUGUUGUUCCUCAUGGAAUCAGUCCUGACUGAUG